AUGAAGUUCAGGGGGAAAAUGACACCGGCCGGUCAAUCGGCUCUAUCACAAGUCAUUGGUCAUCUCGCCAAGACACGCGGAGGGAGCAGUAAGGACAGGAGAUUCACCGUGGUGAACCUAAAGAUAUCUCCCGUUGAGUUCACGCUUGGCUGUUCUGCAUUGGACGACGGGUCUCCCGAAACGUGGGCUCACUUGGCCGUUGAGUGUAUCUUUGACAGCAUCGACUGCCAAAGCCUUCGAGAAGGGAACUAUAUCGACCUUGUCGCGAGCCUCGAGAAUCUGUUGGCUGCUGCGCAAGGACUCGGCUCAAGUACCUCGACCGAGAUACGCCUUCGGAAUAAGUCAGGGCUGGCCGUCCUGGCUUUCACCUACACCAUUCCCCAGGCUUAUGACCCUAGUGUGGGCGGCCAAGCGUUUGUAAAAGCGUUCUACGAUGUCCCCAUCACGUUGUUCAACUUCGACGACUUGGAAGGCUGCAGGCGGAGCAUCGAAACAUUGAAGCGCGCUAUGGGCAAUAAACUCGAAAAAUUCACUCUGGAGGUUAGCCCUACUGCCAGUGCGGAAGGAGAACCUACUGUGAAAGUGUCCGUAUCGGCCUCAUCUCCUCUGACCACUAUGUCUCUUACAUACUGUAGUCUUCCCGUCUUACGGAGGCAGCAGGAGUCUCAGGAGGAAGAGGACAACGCUUCGACCACGAGACCUCUGUUGGCGGCGUAUCUGCCCCGCCCGGAGAAAAUUGCUAUUAUCUUAGCGCGUUCUGAUGGAAUCGACUUCCAAGGACGAACUGGCGGAGAUGUUUCAAAGGCGCAGGUCAGCCAACCUCUGAUCGGCUCUUCUUUCGCCACUGAAGUGGCCACGAGAGGUUUCAGGGCGGCCAGCGAGCGUGUCACUGCUGCAGCAGAAGUGAUCAACAAGCGCAUCCAUACUGGUCCUGAUAGUAUCAGGGUUCUCGCUUUCCUCGGCGGUGUAGCUGUUACCGCAACUGGGGCUCUCAAUGUCCUCUCGCCGUCGGAGGUCCUCCAUCGUCCGGUCAUCUACCUCUUGAAUCUGUAUCAAAUCCUAUUCGGUGUUAUUACUUGCCUACUGGAAGCUGAUCCCAAAUACCUCCACAAGUACGGCGUGCAGGAGAGAAUACACGAGUACGCCUAUUUUCUCACCCAGCUUUGGGGACGUGGCUUGUUCUAUCUGUUCCAGGGUUCGAUAGCUCUAAUGCAUCUAACUAUCCUCUACAUCAUCGUUGGUCUCUACAUGGCCGUCAUAGGCGUCCUCAGUCUGUCUCUCCUUCGCUAUAAUAAGGAUGGCGGUGAAGCCGAUCAGACGUCUCAGGAGUGA